AAACCAGUACCUGGGCAGUGGUCGACUUCAAAAAGACAUAAGACCUCGAUGAGCUCUAAACUUGAGCCAGCUAUGUGGCCAUGUAAUGCUGGUCAGUAGAUACCUCUGUUUGAAAGGUGUCAAUUGACCAUAAUGUGGAUGUCCAAUAUCAAAGAUGUACCAAGAUAAACCAAGUCUGCAUGUCUUGUUAACUAUGGCUGCCAUUUGCAUGACAUCAUCGUGGUUGUCAUGCACAUGCACCGAUGAGCAAUACCACUAGCCAUGAUGAUCAUGAGAAAAGCUAUUCAUGGGGUCCUACAAGUAUGGUGUUCCACCUGGUGGCCCUUUGGGCUGCCGGAGCUCAGCAAAAAGUGGCUUCACUAGGAUGGUCACACAUGAAUUGAUAUUCCUUCUGUAUUAAUGUGCCGUAGGUGUGUUGUAACAAGGGUGAAUAUCCCUGUCCAAUUAACCCAGUUUAGUCCAUUUCAUAGUUUUCUUAAACAAUUCAGUCAGUUCAUGGUUCAGCACAUGUGCAAGCCACAGCGUAGCCAUAAAUUACCUCUCUUGCUUUCUUACUGAAUCGCAUACAGGUACAUUGUAGAAUGAAUAUAAUGCCAGAAUUUAAAGGAAGAUGUAAACAGAUUAGCAGAGGAUGGAUUACUUCAAAUUUAUUAUUUAGCCUGAGUAACAUACAAAUGAAAUUGUAACAAAAGAACACCUAUUGUGCUAGAGUAAUGUGCUUGAAUAAACUGGGCUAAUACAAAGGGAAGUACAUGAAUCAAGCUGUGAAACCAUCCCUUUAAAUGCUGUAUAAAGUUCCUCUUCAUAAUCAGCUUUUCAUUUGUUGAGCGUCAAAAUAGGAAAUUGAUUUUUAAACAUUAUUUAUUUAUUUAUUUAUUUAGGAGCUUGGAGAAAAGAUGCAGCAGAUCGGAAAGGAGUUUGGAGUGACAACAGGCAGAAAGCGACGGUGUGGCUGGCUUGAUCUUGUGAUGAUCAAGUACUCUCACAUGAUUAAUAAUUUUACAAGUCUUGUGAUUGCCAAGCUUGAUAUUUUGGACACAUUUGAAGAAGUGAAAAUUGGAGUCGCAUACAGGCAUAAAGGAACAGUUUUGGAAUCAUUUCCUGCUUCUGUGGAAAUUUUGGAUGAAGUUGAAGUUGAUUACAUCACCCUCCCUGGCUGGAUGACCAGUAUUGAGCAUUGUAAAACGUUCCAUGAACUGCCAGCCAAUGCUCAGGCUUACAUUAGAAAGAUUGAAGAAAUAACACAAAUACCAGUGCAAUGGGUUGGAGUUGGGCAAUCCAGGGAUGCCAUGAUCACUUUGUUUUAGUAAAAUUUGCCCUCAUUGAAAGAGAGUCAGCACCACAAUAUAGACGUUGUCGCGCAGCAUUGUUUUCAUAUCGCUAUAUUCUCUGAAAGUAAUCAAGAAUGAACUUUGUUUUUUGGGAACAAGACAAAUAACUUAUUUCAAUAGGGUGCUGUUUAAAAACAUUGCCAGUAAAACUAAAUCUUGUAGUUUUCAUCACGUCCCUGCUGCUGAGUAACGAUAUUUCUUAAGUACAUUUAGCUGAUGUCACAAUAGACUGCUAUCGAUAUAUUUAAAGCCUAGAGACACAAACAAGAGAAAUAAAUAAAAUUGCUCAUUCAAUUUCUAUUGUUUGUAUCCUUUAGGUCUUGCUGACUAGCUGUAUAUACCAAUAUAUCGCAAACAGUCUAUUUUCGCAACAUGUUUUCUAGGCAAGAAUGAGAAAUCUAGGUACCUUGAUGAAGUUUUGCCAAAGAAGAUUCUCAUCUUUCUAAGAGUAUUCUGAUCCCAUUUGUAGAAAUUUUUUAGUAAAGGUGGUAAUAUUUUUCAGAGCUUGGAAAAUGGCUAAUAAUGAUCUUGUGAGAAAUACACAUGGCUGGGUUGUUCAAUGUUGUUGGUAAUGUAGUAUUUUAACGACAACAAAAAAAUGCGUGUAAUUGAGUAAACAAUAAGUAUUCUAAAGAAGAGGUUUAUUGCACCAAUAGACAAGUAGAGGCUUAUUUAUUGACUGAAGAUGAUCUUUAAAGGUAAAUCAACAGGCCUUUCUGGUUAAGGGCUUGUUUCCUUUAAAUUAGACCCAGUGGUUAAUUUACAUUUAUCAUUUUCCAUGAUAUUGUCUUAUGUCAUUUACCCUUACAAAAGCAGCUUGGUUUUCUGUUGGCAGACAAAAAAUAAAUAGCUACUUUUACCUGACACAUGUCUCAAGUUUAGCAUUUCAGUGGUAAAGCUGAGCGUUGCUGUUGUAUCCAGUCAGUUAAAUGUCUCCUGGUUACACUAAGUUAUCACGUUUAGUCAAACCAAGGUACAGAUACUAAGAGUAGUAUUAGUAUAUUAUUAUUAAAGUAACCUUUCGUUUUUAGGAGGCCUUAUCAUUUUCAAGCCAACCGAGUUUCUUUUUAAGUCCUCUCUGUGUAAUUCUAACUUAUUCAUACAUUUUCAUAUUGAGCUUAAAGUGUGCAAAAAGUGACAUGAAAUAUGAAUUAUUUAAGAGUGUAAUUUUUUUGGAAAAUACUUGUCAACUUAUGGUCGGCUGGUGGGAUCUUUUAAGUCAGUAAGCCACAAGACAUAUGGUUCUAGAAUUUUAAUUCAGUGUGAACAGGCUAAGUACAUAAGGUCUUUUUUUCUUGCUUAAGAUGUGAAUUUUUGAUUAAACUUAUUUCAACACUU